AUGCAUAUCCCACGGUUAUUGCCGAGGCUAAACCGCGAGUGCCCGGUCGGGAGCUCCUGGUACACAUGCCAGUCCAACGCGUUCAAGGGCUGCUGCGAGGUCGACCCGUGCGACCUGGCGACCUGCCCGUCCAGCCCCGGCGCUCCGACGGAGGACGCGACCACGACGCCAAGCGCCCACGCAACCACGACGGCCAUAACCACCACAGUAUCGACGCGGGCCACCAUGACCGUGUCGAGCUCGCCAUCCGAGGCCGUCGGCAGCAGCAGCAGCAGCAUCACGCUCAUCAGGGAUACCACGUUGCUGACAGCCGCCCCGGCGCAACCAACGGCACACAGGCCUCCAGGAGCCGGGACCGGCGCCGUCGAGACGCCGGUCGGGAUCGCGGGCGGCAGUGGAGAAGAUGCCGGCGAGAUCCGCGGCGGCACCGACAUGCCCGCCGCCGGGCUGCCGGUGGGCGCCAUCGCGGGCAUCGUGCUCGCGGCCGCCCUGGUCGUCCUCGGCGUGUGCGCUGUGCUGUGGUGGCGGCUGCGCUGGCGCCGCCGCCGCCCGAGGGCAGGGCAGGACGAGCAGUGCCACCACCACGACGAAACCCACGCGCGCGGCCUGGCCUGGACGAGCGAGUCGGGCUACUUCGGCCCGGGCGACGACUCGGCCACCACCACCGCCGCCGGCACCACCCCUAGGAUGGGGUACUCGGCCGUCAUCAAGGCGGACCGCGGCGUCACGGCCGCCGCCGCCGCCGUCGCAGCGCCAGUGCGGGAGGGGAGCCGCCAUCACCACCACCGGCAGCCCUCGCCGCCCCAGCACUUCUCGGACGGCAAGGACUCCAUGAUGGUCCCCAUCGGCAUGGCGCACCCCUGCCAGGCCGCGUCGCCCGGGGGCCAUUCCCGGUGGGAGAGCCCGGACGACAUCAGGUGGUGCACGGCGGUGCCGUCGGCGGCCGCGGACCGGCACAGCGGCGACGCCAACAGCGAUCUCGUCAGCCCCGUCUCGCCCGAGAGCAGCAGCUGCGGGCCGAGUAGGCAAGGGAGCUGUAGAUACACAGGCGAGGUACCGCCUGCCUCGGCCGUCGCCGCUGCUGCUGCUGCCCACAGCCAACUACUACCCCCUGGAUACCAACAACACCAGCCACAACAACAACAGCAACAACACCCCCAGCAGCCAGCCCCAGCCCCCUAUUUCGAGCUGGACGGCAGGGAGAUAUGCCCGCCGCUACGGCCGUCGCUACCACCACAGCCCCAGCGGCACGGGGACGGCGCGACCGGGUACCACCCCGCCCCGCUUCGGCUCGGGUCCAGGGCGCCACUGCGGCGGCCCCCGCGGCUCGUGCGGAGGGCCUCGGAUGCGGGCCACUACCCGCCGGCCGGACCACGCCAGCCACCGGCGGUCGCGGCCGUGCCGCCGCUGCGCCCCCAUUCGCGCUCGCUGAGCGGCGGCGGCGGCGACGGCGGCGGCCGGUACCACACCGUGGCGGGGCAGCACCAGGAGCAGCAGCCGCCGCCGCCCGUGUACCGACAGCAGAGUCAGGACCACUACGAAGACCGCCGCGGCCAUGGUGGGGAUGCUAGGCCGCGGGCGACGCUGCGGGCCACCAGGCACGAGGUCGAAGCUGGUGUCCACGCGGGGAGUUGGUCGGUGUUAAGCCCAGCAUAAGUGGUGGGCGGGCUUGUGCUUUGCACUUUUUUUUUUAUUCCCUUUUGUCUUCUGCCUCUUUGGGGUACCCCUCUUCCCUGGGCUGGCGUUUUCAUUUUCCUGAUAUGAUACCAAAUGUUGAGAGAUACCCGAGGAGAACAAGUCAUGGGAUAUUUUGGGGCAAAGAACGGGUAUUCCGAUAUCAACUUACAGC